UUCUCGUUCUUGAAUAGGUAUCGGAUCGUGUUUAGGCUUCCCCGCUUCCGUAGCCGAGGGAUCUCAAUUGAUCGACAAUGGAGGAACCGCCUCCCCACCUCGUCACGACCUUUGAUGGGAGACAUCAUGUUCUCUGUUCGUACAUCCGCUUGUAUAGCCUUGGUAUCGUUUGACUGGAGCUCUAGAAGUUGAUUUGUAGCUUCUGUCUGAUUGAUUAGCUCUUUGGCAAUCACAUCUUUCAUCCCAUCAUGGCUUCCCCGUCAAUCAUGCCUCGCAAACUGUGGGAGCAUCCCAAUCCAGAUGCUACCAACAUGGCCCAAUUCAUCAGAGAUGUUAACAAAAAGAGAGGCUUGAACAUGAAAACAUUCCAAGACCUUCACAAAUUCUCCAUCGACCAACGUACAGACUUCUGGUCUGAUCUCUUCCAACUGCAUCCCCUGAUUCAUACUGGAAGCUAUACUCAUGUCGUGGAUCCCAACGCCAGGAUGGAUUCUGUACCUUCCUGGUUCUCUGGUGUCAAGCUCAACUUUGCAGAAAAUAUCUUGUAUACUGCAGAUCCAAGGAACCCUUCCAUCCGGACUCUCGCUGGGAAAGAAAGCGAAAAAGUUGCUUUGACUGAGGUUCGCGAAGGAUGUACCGAGAUCAAGCACUAUACCUGGAAACAGCUCCGCUCCAAGGUUGGGCUACUAGCUCAAACCAUGAAAGCACAUGGUGUUGCAAAAGGCGAUAGAGUCGCUGUGGUCGCUUCCAAUUCUACAGAUACAUUGACUGUAUUUUUAGCAGUAACGACUUUGGGCGGAAUCUUCAGUUCGAGCUCCACUGAUAUGGGAAGCCAAGGUGUUCUGCAGAGGCUUACACAAAUUGAGCCCAAGUGGAUCUUUGUCGACGAUUGGGCUGUGUAUAAUGGCAAGACUAUCGACUUGAAGCCGAAGAUGCAGGAGAUCGUGCAGGGUAUGAGAAAGAGCAAAGCCAAGGGCUUCCAAGGUGUUGUUAGUAUGCCUAGGUUUCAGGAAAAGCCGGCGGAUGUCAGUGAUGUUGCUCAGACUAUGAGCUUGGCAGCUUUUCUUUCGAGAGCGGGUGGUAAUUCGGAGUUACCAUUUGAGAAGGUCGAUUUCAAGGAUGCUUUCUUGAUCGUUUAUUCUUCUGGCACUACCGGUGUACCAAAAUGUAUCGUACAUGGCUGCGGACCAGUUCUGAUCAGCAGCAAGAAGGAAGGUAUACUACACGUGGAUUCUGGUCCUACGACUGUCAAUCUGCAAUACACAACAACAGGCUGGAUCAUGUACCUCAUGUCCACGAUGGCACUUCAGCACGGAGCUCGGUCAGUGCUAUACGAUGGUUCGCCAUUCCUACCAGAUCUCAAAGCCUUCAUUCGCCUUGUGGGAGAGCAGAAAGUCACGGACCUAGGUAUCUCGCCCCGAUACCUGCAAACUCUUGCUUCGGCGUCACCUCCAGUUAUCCCUAAAGAAGUUACGGACCUUUCAAACUUGCGUCGUGUAUCGAGUACAGGCAUGGUUCUGCCAGAAUCUCUCUUCUACUGGUUCUACGACUCUGGCUUCCCUCCUUCUGUCCAUCUCAACAACAUCAGUGGAGGUACUGAUGUCGCCUCAUCAUUCGCCAUGGGUAACCUACUCACGCCUCUAUACGCUGGUGGCUGUCAAGGACCAGGUCUAGCCAUGAAUCUCCAAGUCUACGACCAGACCAUCGAAGGCGGAAAGGGCAUCAAAGGGAAGCCCCUUCCCAUCGGUGAAGCAGGCGAACUGGUCGUGACUUCCGCUUUCCCUAACCAACCAGUCAAGUUCUGGGGCGACACUUCAGGUCAAAAGUAUUUCGAUGCAUACUAUGCUCGCUUCGACAACGUCUGGACCCACGGCGACUACAUCUUCAUCCACCCCAAAACCGGAGGCGUCUACUUCCUCGGCCGCGCCGACGGCGUCCUAAACCCCUCUGGCGUCCGCUUCGGCUCGGCAGAAAUCUACAACGUGCUCGAAACCUUCUUCGCCGACGACAUCCAAGACAGCAUUUGCGUUGGCCAACGCCGCCCUUCCGAUAAUGAUGAAAGUGUAAUGUUGUUUUUGCUCAUGAAGCCCGGGAAGAAGUUCCACGAGCAAUUGGUAAAGGAAGUCAAGCGGAGGAUUGGAAAGGAAUGUUCGCCGAGACAUGUGCCGAGGUUCGUAUUUGAGACGAAGGAGAUACCUACGACGGUCAAUCUCAAGAAAGUGGAAUUGCCGGUCAAGAGGAUUGUUUCUGGCGAAAAGGUCACGCCGUCGGGAACACUGCUUAAUCCGCAGAGUUUGGAGUAUUACUACAAAUUCGCCAAGGUGGAAGAAUUGGUCGGUGUCAAGAGUAAGCUGUAAGAUCGAGAUCUUGGUGGGAGCUUCGAUAGAAGAGGAAGGUAGAAGGAAGAAGGUCUUGCGACUUCACAACUAUAGCUACAGUAUACAAUCACUGAUGCCAACAAAUGAACUACACUUGUUUCAGAGA